CUACCCCACAAUCACACCCUCAACAAACCCAUCCCCAGAAUUCAAAAUGAGCACAAAAGAAACCCAAGCCGUCGUCUGCGUCUUCUGCGGCUCCUACCCCGGCACCUCGCCGGCGCACCUCGAAGCCGCGCGCGCACUGGCACAGCAGUUCCACGAACACGGCGUCCAACUAGUUUACGGCGGCGGCACGGUGGGGAUAAUGGGCGAGCUGGCGCGGACGCUGGUGGCGCUGUCGGGGCCGCAGGCGGUGCAGGGGAUUAUCCCGCGGGCGCUGGUGCGGGUGGAGGAGGGGUAUAAAACGCCCACUACCAACAAUACCAUCAAUGGGAAUGGAGGGGCGGUAGGACCCCAUGAAGGAGAAGGCAAGGCGCCGGAGCGGGCAGGCGAGGCGCUGGGGGAGACGACGGAGUACGGGCAGGUGACGGUGGUGGCGGACAUGCACACGCGCAAGCGGCUGAUGGCGCAGCGGGUGCUGGCAGGGGGGCCGGGGUCGGGGUUCGUGGCGCUGGCGGGCGGGUUCGGCACGAUGGAGGAGCUGAUGGAGGUCACGACGUGGAACCAGCUGGGCAUCCACAAGGCGGGCGUCGUGCUGCUGAAUAUCAAUGGCUACUGGGACGGGGUGCUGGCCUGGGUGCAGACUGCUGUCGCGCAGGGGUUCGUGAGUCGCGAGAACGCGGGGAUCCUGGCUGAGGCGCGGCGCGCGGAGGAUGUGCUGCGGAUGCUGCGCGAGUAUCGGGUCAGUAGUGAUCGCAUGGCGUUGGACUGGGGGCAGGAAUAGAGUUUUAUAUUCAGUAUAUAGAAUUGAGGUACCAGGGAGCUGAAAGAAAAGGGGG